UUGGAAAGAGCCCCUGAAGAGCCUCCACAGAGAUUAAAACCUGAAGGCCAUCCGACACGGGAUGAGCUGGUCAAGUCGGUCCGAACACCAAAUGGCACAAAGAAAAGAAAGGGACCCACUGCCACUUCAACCCCACUUGACAAGGAGAAGUUAGAGACCAUUGAGGCACAGAUCAUCCAGGCUGGGCCUAAGCCUGUAUCACGGAGAAAAGUCAUCAUCUCCCAGGACCAGCCCACCUACAAUGGAGCUAAUGCUGUUGAUGACACGGUUUCACAAGUGGUUUCAGGCUUUAUCCCAGGCAUAUCACAGACCAUGUCUUCGGUAACUGGUAAGGUUAGGAGAAUCAGCCCACCUUCUCUCAAGGGGCCCUUGACUCCGGAGGCUUCAACUGUUGAAGAAAGUGACGAGGGGGAGGAGUUGUCAGCUAGACCCGCCCCUUCUCGGUCCUCCCUGAGAAUGGAAUCUGGUUCUGAAGAAGAUUCCAGGGCCAUAACAAGCAGGUUAAUUGAAGAUAUCCAUCUUGGCAAACCCAAACCAAGAACCAGAACACAGCUGUUGUAUAGUGAGGCAGUCCUGUCUGCGUCACCAGCAAGAUCUGUGUCUGCUUCUGAGCAAGAAGGUAAACACAAUUUUGAAUCUUUUCUAGACAAAUUAGUUUUUAUGGCUGUAGAAUCUGAUAGUGAUAAGGAUGGGUUAUGGUGUUUUCAGUCUUGGCAUGUGGAAUCCAUGGGGCGGCAGAAGAAAAGACGAACUAAGUCUGGGGGCAAUGGUUCGGACACGCUGACAAUUGUUGUCUCUGAAGUUUCCUUUGAGCCAGACUCUCAGCCUAUGCUAGAUGAUAAUGUCAGACAAUUGUACGUGGAGUACCGGUUCUACGGUGUAGACCCGGCCGAAACAGAAACCCCAUUCUCUUUGCCCAAGCCAAAAGCUAACCAGCCAAUUACAUUCAAUUUCAGCAAGACCAUACCUGUUGACAUAGAGAACAACUAUGAGCGACGUAGAUACCUGGCCAGCAUGCUUCUACCUAAUCAUUCUGAUGGCGAAAUGGAGUGUGAGGAUGUGGGUGUGGCUUAC